AUGGAGCUGUCGAUGAGCGGCGGCUCGCUGCGGACAUUCGGCCGGUGCGUGACCUUCCUCGCGCGCGUCGCCUCCGAGCUCGUGCUCCAGGCGCACCCCGCCAAGCUGGAGAUGCACACGCUCAACAGCUCGCGGUCGGCGUACGCUUCGGUCUCCCUAGCGCGCGACUUCUUCGACCAGUACACCCUCGACGCCGCGGCUUCGGCGCCGCCUUCCACGCCGCUGCAGUGCAGCGUCCUUCUCAAGUCCCUGCUCGCCGUCCUCCGCACGCCGCACGCCGCGCUCGACCGACUCGCCGUAUCUCUCCCAGAACCCGACGCGCCCAAGCUCCAGAUCACCCUCCACUGCCUCAACGGUGUGAGGAAGACGUACUGGAUCGUGUGCAGCGCGGAGCCUGAGGUGCAGUCGCUGUCGCUAGACCGGGGACGUUUCCCGAGCCGCCUCGCCAUCCGGCCGCGGGAGCUCGCGCGCCUGCUGUCCAACUUCCAGUCCUCUCUGCAGGAGCUCACAAUCAUCGCCACAGAUCCUGCUUCAGGGCUACUUGAUGCCGGCGGGGACGUCGGGGGCAAGGCUGUUGAGCUCCGGAGCUACAAUGACCCGACAAAAGAUGACUGUGACACUAGACUGCACACACAACUGUGGAUCGACCCUGCCGAGGAGUUCGUGGAGUUUGUUCAUGCUGGUGAUCCGGUGGAUGUCACCUUUGGGGUAAAAGAACUGAAGGCUUUUUUAACAUUUUGUGAAGGAUGUGAGGUUGACAUCCUCCUAUUCUUUGAGAAGACUGGCGAACCUGUUCUUUUGGUCCCGAGAUUCGGAUUGGAUGAUGGAGCAACUUCUGAUUUUGAAGCUACUCUAGUUCUGGCUACUAUGACUGUAUCGCAACUAUCUGACAGCAAUGAUGCCCAACAACCAGCUACAUCAGCACAACAUACGGGAGAACCAAGGGCUGCUGCUACACCAGUUCCCGAAAAUGUCUCGAACCAUACUAAAAUCUGGUCAGAGCUUUCAGGUAGUACUCCCAAAAGCUUUGAAGCUAACAGAGAAAAACAUGCCCAGACGGACAGAAAUGCAAGCACUAAUGUGCUGAAUGACACGUCAAUGCUGCCCAAUGUUACAAAUGCUCCAAGCAAGCCACCAGUUGCAGAUAAUGCAAACAAUACAAUGCAGCCUUCACGAAUGGAUCACAUGGAAGAACAUCCUGAAGUUAUCAGUGCUAUUCCUCGAUCGCAGCAUCACCCAAGCAACUGGGUAGGUGCUGAUGAUAACGAUGAUGACAAUGAAGAAGACGAGGAGCUUUUAGUCCAAACAACACCGCACUAUAUGGACUGA